AGACCUUUAAAGCUUCACUUUAUGCAUUGUAUGAAGUGGUUUGAGGAACGUGGAACGGAAAUGGGCAGUACAUUUGGAGAGGAGAAGAUCUGCGCGUGCUGCACCGACUCAGAGCUGCUUUCACGCGCGGGGUGCACUACCGCCGUACAGCUGCUGGAGACUCUUAACCCGAACAACAACAACAAUAACAACAACAACAUGAGCAGCUCGGUGACUUUACAAGAAGUGACGGCUAAGUCGUGACGUGACUCUCCUCUAGUCUACGUGAAGACCCUUCCUCACCGUCAGUAUCAACCGCACGCUGGCCGCUGGCCGUUAUCCGCGCGCACGAACCUCGGAACAACAGGGAGACAGAGGCGCGCGGCCGCUCCUCUUCUGGUCCGCUGCUGCUGGAAUGAUGCUCGCGCUCACCUUCACCUGCCGCGCGCUGCUCGUCUUCCUGCUCUCGGAGUCUGUGGAGGCCCACAGGACAGCGCCUUUCCUGAUCACGGAGAACAUGUGGCCUCGCGGUUGUGUCUUGGACUGCCAGAGGGGGCGCCACAGACCUGUGUGUGGCAGCAACGGCAGGUUGUAUAAAUCGCUGUGCGCCUUCCAGAGAGCGCAAUGCAUCAACUCACAGCUCCGCCUCGCUCCACAGGCAAACUGCUCAGAUCCGAGCCAAUCCAAAUGCCAUCUGGCCCGGUCUCAGGCGCUGGAGGCCAGCACCCACAGCGGUGGCAGCCAUGUCAACCCUGCAGCUGCCAUCUUCGUGCCAGAGUGCAGCCCAGACGGUCACUUCCUGCCGGUUCAGUGCCACAACCAGACCGGAUACUGCUGGUGCUCCACCCCUGAUGGCAAACCUGUCAGUGGCACCUCGGUGCUUCAUCUGACCCCCAACUGCACUGAUCAUAUCAACAUGUUGACUCAGACCACUGAUGCAGAUUCAGCUCCAAUCAAAGAUGAAGUUGAUGAACCUGGUCCUACGCUGGACAGCAGAAAACAUGCAGAGCUGACAGCUCCUCCGUUCUGGGUGACCAUCCUGAUGAACUCUGACCCCAAAAGAAACCGCUCAGUCAGAAAACCCACUGGCAGUCCUCAGACGUGUGAGCGUGAACGAGCGUCGCUGCUCUCUCAGAUGCGUUCAGCCAGGCAGGAGGAGCGUUUUAUCCCAGAAUGCACUGCAGAUGGCCUCUACAGUUCCGUGCAGUGUCACGUUGCCACGGGUUACUGCUGGUGUGUCAGGGUGGAUAGCGGCAGGCCGCUACCAGGCACCUCUGCAAGGAAUCGUAUCCCAGACUGCACCGGUGCAGAGGAGGCGCCAACGGACAAGCUGUACCGGGAGAAACCUCUGCCCGGGUGUCCAGGAGCUCAUAAGAAGCAGUUCCUGCAGAGUUUGGUCAGAGCUCUGCAGCUGGAAGCAGUGCAUGCUGGGAGUCUGAGUUCCUACCAGGCCUCAAACACACCUCCCUCCAACUCUCCGACCUCUGCCUCUCCUUCCUCAUCUUCAUCCCCGUCUGCGUCCUCCUCGCCUCCGGAUGCCGCUGCUCCUGAGAGCGCAGAGUCCUCCAGGCCGGAGGCGGUGCUACGGUGGCACUUCAGUCAGCUGGACGUGGACUCCAGCGGGAAGCUGAGCGAACGUGAGGCUCGACCCCUUCGUCAGUUCCUGCGGCGAAGGCUGAAGCCACGACGGUGCGCCAAGAAGUUCGCUCAGUACUGUGACAGGGACGGAGACCGAGGCCUGACGCUGGAGGAGCUGAGGGUCUGCCUGGGCCUCUGAGGUGGGCGACAGCUAGAGCAACAAGACAAAUCACCUGACGCCAAAGGCCAACUCGUCUUCCACAUCAUCGUCGUCUUUCAAGGCUCAAGUUUCUUUAUUUAUCGUUAUUUAUCCUCUUCUUAUCAGUUUUACAGAUGUUUUCCAUCCUCCGCAGGAUGCAGCAGUUCAAUAUAAAAGACAUGAAACACAUCUGCAACAUCCUAAAAUCAACAUUAAAUGAUUUCUAGCUCAAGCAGUAGUAAUAUUUCACUCAUUUUUAGUGUCAGCUGUAUGUAUGAGAUAAUUCAUAUGGUCAGUCCAAGUCAGCCGAUCACUAAACAUCACUCACUGAAUAUUUAUUCCACUCGCUCAACAUCUGCUUCCCUGCAUCUUUUUGCAUAAUUCCUUCCACCUUCCCUUAACUCUUCCCUCCUUGGUGUUUUUUUAAAGGACAGAUCUGUCAAUUUUGUGGCGUUAAAGGAUAUUUUUAAGUAUUUUUUACCAACACAACCUUGUAAAACUACAUUCAUGUAGUAUGAUCAGUGGUAUUGGCCCUAUUUGCAACAGAAAGCCUUAUGAAAUUUGAAUGUAAAAUUAAUUUUUUGGUGCAUUUUUACCAACAAAACUUGUUGUUUACCUUAUAAUUAAAAGACAGAUUAACUUUUUUGGGAGGGAAUUGAAGGCAAAAAAAAUCUAAAAACAGACAUCAACUGUAAAUUUAUGGACAAUGUUGUUCAAAAAUGUGAAAUGCGUGUAAAAUUAUGUGAAACUUUACCCCAUAUUGUUUGUAGAUUUACCUUUUUUAUACAACUUAACCUCCUUCUCUUAAUCCAGUCUUGUUUCUCUUCAUCCCUACUUCCUUCUCCGCAGCGUACAUCCUUUGCUUCCUCAUAUUUUAUAUAUAUAUAUAUGUUGCCAAUAUAUUGAUGUAACAUAUUUUGAUACACAUUUUGAUCAUGUUUAAUUCAUAAUUUGUUUUCUACAUUAUAUCUAUAGACAUCAUAUCAUUACAGCACUUUCUUAAGACACUAAGAUAAUUAUUGUGACUCUACCAUGAAAUGGAACGUCCAGUAAUUUCCUGUUUUUGAUGCGUUUCUCUGAUGUUUGUGAACUGGACUUCAAUAAAAGGAUGUUGUUAUCUCCUUUUCAUUAA